CUGGAAACAAAUGGGUAUUUGAAGUUUUGAUCUUUCCUUUCUCCUCUCUUGUUGGGCAUGGGAGUAUUCUAAUUGAACUGCUGCCACCGAUGACACAGAAAGUGGCCAAGGACUGGAAUAUGUUGCCUUAGCAUAUAUAUAUAUAUAUAUAUAUAGCGAUAUAAACAAGGGAAUUCAUAGAGAUAUAAAUACCCCUCCCUCACCGCCUCUUCCUUCACCCAGAAAAAACAACCUUUCUAAUUCACCUUCACAGCUCUAGAUCAAUCAAGAACAUGGCUGUCCUGACCUACACCGACGAGUACACCUCCCCCAUCCCUCCAGCGAGGGCCUUCAAGGCGUCGAUCCUCGAUGCCGACAACUUGAUCCCCAAGCUUAUGCCGGAGGCCUUCAAGAGCAUUGAAGUCCUACAAGGCGAUGGCUCGGCUGGAACCAUCAAGCAAAUCAACUUCGCCGAAGGUAGUCCAUUCAAGUGUGUGAAGCACAGGGUUGAUGAGAUCAAUGAAGAGGAAUACAAGUACUGCUACACUCUGGUUGAGGGCGAUGCCUUGGUGGGUAAGUUCGAGAAGAUCUGUUACGAGAUUCAGCUGGUGGCCUCGCCCGAUGGUGGCACGAUUUCCAAGACAACCGUCAGGUACUACCCUUUGGCGGGUGCUGUGAUAAACGAAGAGGAGAUCAAGGCUGGCAUGGAGAAGGCUGGAGGAAUGUUCAAAGUUGUGGAGGACUACCUCGUCCAAAACCCAACUGCCUACGCUUAAAUCACGUCUUCUACUGUUCUUCUGCUGAUGAUCUCUAAAACCAUUUUGUGUUAUUACACAGUUUGAGCUUAAUUUACUUGUACUUGUUGCUGCCAUGCAUGUCGAGAAUAAAGUGUAUUCACUUCUUCGAAUUGUGUGUAAUGUAUCUUCAUAGUGUUGGAAUAA